AUGGAUUAUUUCCCAAUCCUUGAAGUAGAUCAAAAAUCUAGGGUUAUAAAGAGACAAUAUAAUCCUGAAAGUCGUUCUUUUCUCGAUCCAGCAACUACUUCUUUUUUUAAUUCUUUACGAUGCGAUCAACAAGACUACGUAGUGCUUCUUGAUCCACAACUUUUCCCUGAAACCUUACAAAGGAAACUAGCCGGUGUUAGUCUAAAAGAACGAAAACAACCAGAACCUGUUUUAGAUCCGCGAGGUAAUGAUCGUGAUUAUGUUAAAUCGGCUCUUAACAAACGACAAAAGUAUACAAAAAAAUUUCGAAUUAUAAAAUAUGAGGGCGAAGUUAACACCUGUCAUCCAAAAGAAGCAUCGAUAUUUAUUUCAAAUAUUGAUAAAUUGAUUGUCGAAAGACAACUUCAGUCAUAUUUUGAUGAAUGUGGAUUGAUAAAAUAUUGUAAUAUUAAACGCGAUCCAAUACUUAACGAAAGCUUGUCUCUCGCUAGAAUUACCUAUUAUGACGAGACCGAAGGGGUAGCAUUAAACGCUGCUAGGGAAGCUGUCUCUAGACUUAACGGAAGACAAUUUUAUAACAAUAUGCCCAUAAAUGUUGAACUUGAUAAUGAUGGAUCGAAAUUGCGAGCUGCCAUGGAUAUGACGACUACGAAAAGACCAAUCAAUUUAUCACCAAUUAAAUUGCCCGAAACAAAGAUUUUAGACUUUACAUUAGGAAUAACAAAUCAUGAUGACGAUAUGGAAAUUGAUGAUGCUCCAUCACCACCUAUUACAACUACUUUUGAAGCUAUAAUAAAACCUAAUAAUAAUGCAAACACGACAUCAAUUCCUUUAUCAAUAGAUAAUAAGGCCGAUAUAAAUUAUUCAAUCCCUUCAGUAAAUAAAUAUCCAGAAAAAAUUAUUAAUAAUUUUCAUGAAAAACCUAAUUUAAUUGUGGAAAAAAAUCAUUCAUCAUCAGCAAAACCAAAUUGGCGUCAUUCUGACUGGAAAAUACCACCUGUGCCUAUACAAAGUUGGCGUGGUUAUGAUCAAUACAUACCUGAAUAUAAUAGUGAACGAUCAAGAAUCAAUAAUUCUUCUGAAAGGAGACGACACGAGUCUUCAUCCGAUAAACAUCAAAAACGAAAUAAAUCACCAAGAAGUAGAAGCCAUGGAAGAAGUCAUCAUACUUCUCAUAAACGUGACGGUUCUCGUAAACGUGAUCAUGCUUUACCCAAAAACCAUGAAAGAGAUAAUAAACACACGCACAAGGACAAACAUAAACAACAAUAUACUGAUGAUGAUAAACCAGAGAUAAUCAAAAGAAAUGAUGAUUUCAUUUUUGAUUCAGAUUUUAAAUUUACUCGAGAUGACGGAUAUGACGAUAAUGAGAUAAGUAAAAAAGAAAAAAAAGAUCUGAUGCUUAAACAACAAAAGCAAAAGCAACAGAAAGAUCUCCUGCAUAAAUUACAGCAACAAAAACAACAAAAACAACAGAACCAAAACCAAAAUAACGAUAACGACUUGAGUAUUUCUGGAAAGAGUUAUAAGAUGCAAUACCCAUUACCCAACAAAUUAGAGUCAAUAAAUAUGUCAAAGAGUAGUAGUUCUACAUCUAUAAAUAAAGAAAAAUCAAAAACUCCAUCUAAAAAAUUUAAUCAAAAAGAUAAAAUUUUAUUAAAAGAGCCUCACAAUAAAUCCAUCAAAGACUAUGUUAGUAAUGAAUCAUCAGAUGACUCAUUUUUUGAAUCAGAAUGGGUAGACAGACCGUACCUUAAUUCAAAUGACAACAUUUCUGAUACAUUUAAUUUAGAUAUAAUCAAACUUUAUUUAGAUUUAAAAAAAAAUGAGCAAUUGGAUAGUAACGGUAGCCCAAUAGAAUGGUCAGAGCAUGAGGAUGAAUAUUAUGUAAGAGUUGGUGGUAAAAAAUAUAAAUAUAAAGAUUACAUGCCUGAUGAUGGUCCACAUAAAACUGGAUGUGCAAGAACUGAGGGAUAUUAUAAAAUACCUCCAGAAGAAAAACGUAAAUAUGUUGAUUAUGGAAUGCCUGGUACCUCUUAUGCCAAAGAUAAAGAAUCUGCUCCAAGUUCACGUGCAUCACGUGCUAAAAGACGUGAAAUACAAUUACAAAUGGCAGAAUAUCAGGAUUUGGCAGUUGACACGGAUAUUCUUCAAUAUAAUCCAUUAAAAGCUCGAGAAAAAGAGCUUACAAUUGCAAAAUCUCAUAUUCAUGAUUAUGGACUUUUUGCCUUAGAACGUAUCAAAGCUAACGAAUUUGUUAUACAGUAUACAGGCGAAGUCAUACGUCAGGCUGUUGCGGAUCUUCGUGAAAGAAAAUACAAAGCUGAAGGAAUUGACAGCAGUUAUAUGUUUCGUGUUGGAGAUGAUACAAUUGUUGAUGCUACAAAAGUAGGAAACAAUGCAAGAUUGAUAAAUCAUUCGUGCGAGCCAAAUUGUAAUGCAAAAAUACUAACUAUUAAAGGUAAGAAAAAAAUAGCUAUAUACGCUAAACAAGAUAUCGAAUUUGGGGAAGAAAUUACAUAUGAUUAUAAGUUUCCAAUUGAUAAAGACGAUAAAAUACCGUGUCAUUGUGGUGCAGCAACUUCGUGGGAUAAUGAAGACAUAGAUCAUUGGAAAAUCGAACCUUUUAAACCUGAGGAUAAUCCUCAUCCUUUUACUGAAGAAUCAUCAUUUGCAACAUUGUUUCCAAAAUAUAGAGAAAAUUAUUUAAAAGAAGUUUGGCCUCAUGUUACAAAAGCUUUAGAUAAAUAUGGAAUAGCAUGUGUACUGGAUUUAAUUGAGGGAAGUAUGACAGUUAAAACUACAAGGAAAACAUACGAUCCUUUUAUUAUUUUGAAAGCACGUGAUCUCAUCAAACUUUUGGCUAGGAGUGCUGUAAAAAUCCUUGAUGAUAAUGUAGUAUGUGAUAUUAUAAAAAUUGGUAACAUAAUUCGUAAUAAAGAGAGAUUUAUUAAACGACGACAAAGGUUAAUUGGACCAAAUGGCUCAACACUCAAAGCAAUAGAAUUGUUAACUCAAUGUUAUGUAUUGGUUCAAGGUAAUACUGUAUCUGCAAUGGGUUCAUACAAGGGCUUAAAAGAACCGUAUGCAAUUGUAUAUUUUGCAGAUUCAAUAAGUUAUUAUAAAUCAGUAAAUUCUGGUAAAUUAUCAAUAGGUGAUGUGACUGUAAGGAUUGAAGAGAUUCGU